AUGGCGGGGUAUGUUCUCGCGGUGCUAAUACAGGAACACAGUGAUACCUCCGCCUUCACCACCUUCUCCGUUGCUGACCCAACCAACCUCUCCCUCCUCGGCCAGCAAACCUACCAGCUGACUGCCCCUGGCACCGUCCCCGAGCGUCAGGAUGCCCCCCAUCUCCACGAUGCCAUCCUGGACCCAUCCAAGAAGUUUAUUUUGGUCCCCGACCUCGGCGCCGAUCUCAUCCGCGUCUUCCAAGUCGACGAUGGCGCUGCCGCCGCCACUGCCGUGACCUCCAUCCCAACCAUUGCCGGCUCCGGUCCCAGGCACGUCGCCUUUGCCAAGGCCGGCCGCAAGACCUUCCUCUACUCGUUUAACGAGCUCUCCAACACCAUCAGCGGGUAUUCGGUUACCUACAAGCGCGACGCCGCCCCUGAAUUCACCCGCCUCUUUGACGUUCCUUCUGGCGGCCCGGGCACGACGGUCCCUGCUGGCACCAAGGCGGCGGAGAUUGAGGUGAGCCCUGAUCAGAGAUUUGUCAUUGUCUCCUCCCGCGGGGAGAACAGCCUGGACAUUCCGGCCUUUGACGGAGAGGGGACGAUCAAGUCGGACCCGCUGCAAGUGUUUGCUGUCAAUCAGCAAACCGGCGCUUUGACGCAUGUGCAGACCGCUCCCGCUGGUGGGCGCAAUCCCCGCGGCUUCUCGCUCAACAAGGCGGGGACAAAGCUGGUGAGCGCGCUGCAGGAUGAUAACAGGGUUGUGGUUUAUGAAAGAGAUGUGCGGACUGGAAAAUUGGGCAAGGUGUUGGCGCAUGCUACUGUGGGAAGUGGACCGAAUAAUGGGCCGAAUUAUGCUCUUUUUGAUGAGUAG